GGCCCACACACAUCGAAAAAUCUAAACCCAUUAACAAUAUGAAUCGUUAUUUUUGACAUCGUACAAAAACACAACACAAAAAUCGUGGGUUUAGUUAUCAAACCAUAAUUAUUCAUGCUGUGUGUUCAGUUUCACAUAACAAUCCGUAAACACAACCCGUUUAACACACGCUAAAAACCUUGGUCGUUCAAAAAAAAUUGGGGAAGAACAUGAAAUCCAAUUAAAACGUCUCUUUUUUAGUGUAUCGGCCUUUCCUUUCUUUUCAUUCAUGCUUGAUUUAUCCAAUUCUUCCAAGAAUCUAUCCAUAUUAUUCAGAUCAAGAACAAAUCAUAAACUUUUUCAUCAUCAAUCAAGAUGCAUAUCAAGUAACACCCCUGUUCCUACCCAUGAACAAAUUUCACACCUUAUAUUAGACCAAAAAUCACCAACUGAAGCUCUUCAAACUUUCAGAUGGGCAUCCAAACUCCCCCAUUUCACACACACCCAAUCCACCUACAGAGCUCUAGUCCACAAGCUCUGCACUUUUCGCCAUUUCGACACCGCCCACCAACUGCUCGACGAAAUGCCAACCUCAAUUGGGCUGCCACCAGACGAUGAUAUCUUUGUCACCAUUGUUCGCGGGUUAGGGAGAGCCCGAAUGAUUCGACAAGUGGUUAAAGUUCCCGACUUGGUUUCAAGAUUCAAGGUCACACCCACUGUGAAAAUCUACAACUCAAUUCUUGAUGUUCUUGUUAAAGAGGAUAUCGAUAUUGCGAGGGGCUUUUAUAGGAGGAAGAUGAUGGGUUGUGGUGUUAAAGGUGACAUGUACACUUAUGGUAUAUUGAUGAAGGGACUUUGUUUGACUAAUCGCAUAUCGGAUGGUUUUAAGCUUCUGCAAACUAUGAAGAAUAAAGGGGUGACCCCAAACACUGUUAUAUACAACACAUUGCUUCAUGCUCUUUGCAAAACUGGAAAACUUGGGAUCGGGAGGGCUAGGAGCUUGAUGAAUGAGAUGGUGGAACCAAACGACGUUACUUUCAAUAUUCUAAUAACCGCUUACUGUAAAGCGGAGAACAUAGUACAGGCGCUUGUGAUGUUAGAGAAAAGUUUCGAUCUUGAGUUUGUCCCCGAUGUCAUUACACUAACCAAAGUUAUCAAGGUUCUGUGUGACAAGGAUCGGGCCAUGGAAGCGGUGGAAGUUUUGGAACGGGUGGAGAAGAAAGGCGGUGAGAUUGAUGUGGUCGUGUAUAACACUCUAAUAAAAGGUUUUUGUAAGUUAAAGAAAGUGAAGGCUGCAGUUAGGUUCUUGAAGGAGAUGGAGAUGAAAGGGUGUCUUCCGAAUGCGGAGACUUAUAAUGUGUUGAUAUUUGGGUUCUGUGAGGUGGGUUUGUUAGAUUCGGCUCUUGAUAUGUUUGAUGAGAUGAAAACAGUUGGGAUCGCUUGGAAUUUGAUGACAUAUGAUACGUUGAUUGGUGGGUUGUGUUCUAGAGGGAGGAUAGAAGAUGGUUAUAAAAUCAUGGAAAUAAUGGUGGAAAAAGGUAACGUUCCUGACUAUGUAUUGUGGAAUUCUGUAGUUCAGUCACUUGCUAGAGAAUCAACUUGGUUAGGAAACGAAAAUUCGUGUAUUGUGGAUGAUAUGUUGGAAUGGAUUCUUGAAACCUAAUUGAAAAUCGGUCCUUGCAUGUUUA